GAAAAUAGUACAAUGGCCAGGUCAAACUCCAAGAAGAAGAGUAACACAGGUGCAAAGGAAGGAAGUGUGCCAGUACAACAAGCUGGGUCUCAGGAUUCAAGUUCACCAAGUACUCCAUCAAAGAAAAAGGCUGGAAAAGCAAAAGCAAAGACAAUUAAGAGCUCCAAGGAUUCCAAGGGGUUGAAUUUGGGUGUUUCUGAUACUCCUGGGCUUUACAAAAAAUCAAGUCCAAUGAAAGAUUCACCAGUAUAUGAUUUAUUGCAUACGUUUGAAAAAGCACCCGAUCAAUGGGCAGCACGAUAUAUAUUGAUACUUAGUUCUAUAAUAUUGCGGGCAGCCAUUGGAUUGGGCUCAUGGAGUGGUAAAGGCCAAGAGCCUAUUAAUGGAGACUUUGAAGCUCAAAGACAUUGGAUGGAAGUAACCAUUAACUUACCUAUCAAAGAAUGGUAUUUCUACGAUUUGGAAUAUUGGGGGUUAGAUUAUCCUCCAUUAACAGCAUAUCAUCUGUGGUUCUUUGGUAAAGUUGGAAGUUUGAUUGAGAAAGAGUGGUUUCAAUUUUUCACUAGUAGAGGUAUUGAAACUUCAGGAAUCAAAACUUAUAUGAGAUGGACAAGUUUGAUAAGUGAAUUGGUUAUAUUUAUACCUGCAGUAUUACAAUUUAUAUCCAUAAUGGGCAAAAAACUAAAUCUAAGAAGAAUAGACCAAAUUGUUUUAGCAGCUAUCAUAUUGAACCAACCAUCUUUGAUCUUAAUUGAUCAUGGCCAUUUUCAAUAUAACUCAAUUAUGUUGGGAUUGUUUUUGUUCCUGUUAAUCGAUUUGAUAAAAGGUAAUUUUGUUUUAGCAUCUGUUUGGUUCAUGAGCUCUAUUCUUUUCAAGCAGAUGGCUUUAUAUUAUGCACCCUUCAUAUUUUUCUUCAUUUUAUCCAAAUUAUUUAUUGUUAAGCCUGGUAAUAGAAGUUGGUUCAAAUUAAUCAAAACUUUAAACUUCACUAGAUUGAUAUUGAUUGGUGUUACUAUUUUCAUUACAAUUAUCACUAUAUUAAGUCCAUUUAUUAUUCUGCCAAUCAUUAAGAAAGAAGUCAAUCAGAUUCCUAAGUUGAUUGGCCAAAUUGUAUAUAGAAUGUUCCCUUUCCAAAGAGGAUUAUUUGAAGAUAAGGUUGCAAAUUUUUGGUGCACCACUAAUAUUUUAAUCAAAUAUAAUAAGCUUUUUAGUCCAGAUGAAUUAAAAAAAUUAUCUUUGGCAUUAACUUUGUUAUCAAUUUUACCAGCAUGUUUAAUAAGUUUUUAUAAAAAUGUUACUAAAGUUGCCCCCUCUCCUAUGUUAAUAAUAUAUGGGUUUAGUUCAUGUGCAUGGGGUUUUUACCUUUUCUCUUUCCAAGUUCAUGAAAAGAGUGUUUUAGUACCUUUGAUCCCUUCAACUUUAUUAAUCAUGAUUAAUAAUGAGGAGACCAUAUCUAUUAUUCAGUGGAUUAACAAUAUCUCUUUGUUUUCAAUGUAUCCAUUAUUGAAAAAAGAUGAUUUGGCCUUACAAUAUUUUGUGAUGCUGUUAACUAUUAAUUGGUUGAUUGGAGGCUUUUCAAUGAAUUUGAAUAAGAAUUUAUUGUGGUCCAGAAAUUUAUUUUGGAAAUUAAUAAUUAGUGGAUCAUAUUUGUCUAUAAUUGCCUAUCAUUUAAUUGACUAUUUUGCUGAACCUCCAUCUAGUUUGCCUGAUUUAUUUGUUUUAUUGAAUACAACUAUUUCGUUCGGAUGUUUUUCAUUAUUUUAUUGUUGGUUAAUCUACAAACUUUAUAAACUAUAA